AUGACGCAGGACUGUGAAUUGGAUAUAAGAGCAAAGAAACGCAAGUUCACCAAGCCCGCGGCAUAUCGAAUAUCGGACAAAUCAGUACUGAGACACGGACAUGGUUCCCUGCCGUCGGUGGUUGAGUCGAGUUCAGUUAGGAGAGAAGCAGCUGUCUACCGACUCCUGAGACCUGGCGGCGGCCGGGCUGCACCUUUAGCGUGCAAGACCCCUGGCGCGGCCCUCGAUAAGGCACGCCAAUCGCUGCUCGCCUGGACAAGCUCCGAGCUUCACGGCAAGCUUCCAGACGCCCUGGUCCUGUCCGCCGGGCGUGACAAUGUAGCAUUGCCGACGUUAUCGUCGGUCUCUUGCUACCCCGAGGUUUCCCAAAGCGCCGCCCUGUCGCUUAUCAGGAUGGCGUCCCCAUCAUCGUCCACAGCCUCGCCCGCGCGGCACUCACGGCCGUCUUCGCGACAUGACGACGUCGAGGCUGCCGACUCGAUCCCCGUCGAGACCCUCGUGCAGCAUCUUCUGGAGGCCAAGCGCUCGCUUUCAUCCAUGACCUCUGUGCUUCGAGCCAACGAGCUCGUGACCGCUGCUCGCCUGGCUCACGAAGAGUCCGUGAUUCUCGGAGCUCAGGCCCAGUUCCUCCGCCGCGGCAUCAACGACCAGGUCCGCUUGCUGCUCAAGGUACGCCGUGGCAUGAACAAGACCUACGAGAGCGGCAAACGUGAGUUCAAGCAGGUCAUCAAGGACCUCGACUCUGCGAACAGCCAGCUCGAGAGCACCAUGAAUGUGCUGCGUGACCGAACAGUCGAAAGUGUCUUCAGACCGAAGGGCGAGGAGAGAAAGAGUUUACUAGACUUUGUCGACGUCGAACAGGUCGAGACGAUGCGCAACAUAUUGAAGGAGAACAUUGCCGCUCUUCAAAGCACGCAGACUUCCUUCGAUGGCGAUUUACUGCGGUUCGACACCGAUCUAAGAGCGCUCAACAAGACCAUCACUUCCGCCCCCUCUCCGCCGUCUCCCUCUGCAUCCAAUUCUCGACGGCCCGUCCCAGACCUGCUGGCUUCCAUGGUAGAAAACUCGCAUGAUAUGGCAGAGCUCCUGGCUUCCCUGACGAAGCAUUUCGACCUCUGCGUGACAGCCGUACGAACCACCGAAGGAGGUGCUGCGCUCGCGAGGAGGAAGGCUGCCGAAGCCUCGCAAACACAGGGGGACAAUAACGUCUCAAUAUCCGGGGUCAUUGCCGAACAAGAGUUGCACAUGGCUGAGGAUCCCAUAACUCUAGAAGACCGCAUUCAGAUGCUACAAGUAGUCGUGCAAGAUGCAUCAGAGGUCAUGGAGGUGGUCCAAGAGAUCAAUGAGCACCUCCAGAAUAUGGAGGAGGAAUACAGUCACUUGAUCGAGCAGACGGAGCAGGUCAAGCUGACAUACACGACUACGAACGACGCUUUUCAUGUGCUGGAAGAUAUUGGAACUCGCUUGCGCAGCUACAUCGCCGCCGAGACGGAGUUCCGCGAGCGCUGGAUUGCGGAGCACGACACCAUCGGCGAAAAGAUGGACGAAAUGGAGGAGCUGCGGCUGUUCUACGAGAAUUAUGCCAGUUCAUACGAUAGCCUCCUCCUCGAGGUCGACCGGCGAAGGACCCAGGAGCAAAGGGUGCUGAGUAUAUGGAAGAAGGCGAAAGAUAACGUCGAGAAGAUCAUUGAAUCAGACAGAAAACAGCGAGAGGCGUUUCGCCACGAGAUUGCGGAGUACAUACCUACCGAUCUGUGGCCAGGGAUGGAUGAUGGAAUGAGGGCGUGGGACGUUGUGCCGCUGCGCGCCAACCCCGAACUUGAAGAGGGAUCCGGCAGCACCCCAGCUCUGGACAAGAGCGUCGUGCAGGCGGCUGCGAUGCGCCUUGGCGGGCGUACUAUGGAUGAUCGUUGA